CGCAUCAGCACUUCAUUCUGGAGACAACUGGAAGAAGGCUGCUUGUCGAGGGUUUUGUAUGAUGUGGUUUAUCCGCCGCUCUUUCGGAAUCUUAACGGCCAAUUUGUUUGUGAAGCUAUUUUCGGCAUUCGUCCGACCCCACCUGGAAUAUUGUAUUCAGGCUUGUCCACCAUGUCUUAACCGAGACAAAAUGGACUUGGAGAGGGUGUUACGAGUGGGCACUCGGUUAGUGCAGGGUCUACGGGGACAGACGUAUCCUGAACGCUUGCUCAGUUUGGGGAUGUACUCCAUGCACUACCGAAGGAUAAGAGGGGACCUGAUUCUCACUUAUCGUAUUUUGACGGGUAAGAUUGGCCCGGACUUGUCAGGGCUAUUUAGUCCCGCUACGUUACCUAAUCUCCGCGGUCACCCACUGAAACUGCAUAAACCACGGUCUGAUAGGAUUAGGACGGAAACUCGUCUAUCGCGCCGAGUUAUAGAUCGCUGGAAUUCGCUUCCAGAUCACGUGGUUAGGGAACCUACGGUUAAGGGUUUUGCGCGCCAGCUCGAUGCUCUUGGGUGGCAACAGCAAACCUUUCCUUUUUCCUAGCUGACUCACCUUCACUUUUCAGUUCUUU